AUGUAUAAAUUGAAACGGGUAUCUUUUAUUUUGUCUUUCACUUUCCAGUGUCUGGUUAAUCUGGCUGACCUGAAUCCUUACAUUCUCUGCUCAAUCUGCAAAGGUUACUUCGUCGAUGCAACAACCAUAACAGAAUGUCUUCAUACGUUUUGCAAAAGCUGCAUAGUAAAGCAUUUUUACUACAGCAACAGGUGUCCAAAGUGUAAUGUUGUGGUCCAUCAAACUCAACCUCUGUAUAAUAUCAGAUUGGACAGACAGUUACAAGACAUAGUCUACAAAUUAGUCCUUAAUUUGGAAGAACGUGAAAAAAAGCAAAUGUAUGACUUUUACAGAGAAAGAGGCCUUGAAAUUCCAAAGCCAGCAGCCCCACAACCAAACAUCACCAAUCGAGGAAGGCCUAGGAAACUGUUGGGACCUGUCUUUCGUAUCCCUCCAGAGUUGGAUGUAUCGCUGCUCCUGGAGUUUAUGGGGUCCGUAAAUAUCUUGCUCAAAUUUAAGCCUCUGGAGAAAAAGUUUGUACGUGUGUCCGGAGAAGCAACAAUUGGACAUGUGGAGAAAUUCUUAAGGCGGAAAAUGGAGCUCACUGCAAUGUGUCAAGUGGAUAUUAUAUGUGGAGACCAUAUGCUGGAACACUAUCAGACGCUGAGGGAAAUACUUUCUGCCAUUGGAAAAAGUGCAGUUCAGGUAUUCUCAGGUUCCUGCACACGAUUGAUUGACACAAAUGAAUGUUAA